UGCGCCCUCUGUUCCCGUGGUAGCCAUUUUCAGUCAGUCUCGAAGCGGUAAGGCCAGUGAGGCGGUGAUGAUUGUGCAGUGCAAGUUGUGCUGAGGCGGUACAAAACGAGUGGCCCCAUCGCAAGAUGGCUGGGAACGAUGGGAUGGAAAGCCUCAUCCCGAUCGUAAACCGGCUACAAGAUGCUUACACCCAACUUGGAGCGAGUCUCACGCUCGACUUGCCUCAAAUCGCUGUCGUCGGUGGGCAAAGUGCGGGCAAAAGCAGUGUUUUGGAAAAUUUUGUUGGCAGGGACUUCCUUCCGAGAGGUUCCGGCAUCGUGACUCGCCGACCGUUGGUCUUGCAACUGAUCAAUUCAAACACAGAGCAUGGAGAGUUCCUGCAUUGCCGAGGGAAGAAAUUCACCGACUUUGCCGAAAUCCGUAAAGAGAUCGAAGAUGAGACAGACCGGGUGACCGGAAGCAACAAGGGCAUUUCCAACGUGCCCAUUAAUCUCCGCGUCUACUCCCCGCAUGUGCUUAACCUGACCCUGGUCGACCUUCCGGGGUUGACUAAGGUCCCCGUCGGUGACCAGCCUGCGGACAUUGAGAACCUGAUACGUGAGAUGAUCCUCGGUUUCAUCCGCAAGGAGAACUGUCUCAUUCUGGCCGUCACGUCGGCCAACCAGGACUUGGCCACCUCGGACGCGCUGAAACUUGCCAAGGAGGUGGAUCCGGAAGGGCUGCGCACCAUAGGUGUGAUUACGAAGCUGGAUCUGAUGGACGAGGGCACGGACGCUCGGGAAAUCUUGGAAAAUAAACUCCUACCCCUUCGACGAGGCUAUGUCGGCGUGGUGAACCGCAGCCAAAAGGACAUUGAAGGAAGGAAGGACAUCAAAGCAGCCCUGGAAGCAGAGCGAAAGUUCUUCCUGAGCCACCCCUCGUAUCGACACAUGGCGGACCGUAUGGGCACACCGUACCUGCAGAGGGUGCUCAACCAGCAGCUGACCAAUCACAUUCGAGACACCUUGCCCGGUCUGCGUGACAAACUGCAGAAGCAGAUGCUUUCCAUGGAGAAGGAAGUGGAAGAAUUCAAGAACUUCCGCCCCGACGACCCCUCACGAAAGACCAAGGCUAUGCUACAGAUGAUCCAGCAGCUGCAGACGGACUUUGAGCGCAACAUCGAAGGUUCGGGCUCUGCUGCCAUCAACACGUCUGAGCUCUCGGGUGGAGCUCGUAUAAAUCGUCUAUUCCAUGAGCGGUUUCCUUUUGAAAUAGUCAAGAUGGAGUUUGAUGAGAAGGAGCUGCGCAAGGAGAUAGCGUUUGCAAUCCGGAACACUCAUGGCAUCCGGGUGGGGCUAUUCACGCCUGACAUGGCAUUCGAAGCCAUCGUGAAGAAACAGAUCGCCAAGCUGAAGGAGCCCUCCAUCAAGUGUGUGGACCUGGUUGUUGCAGAGCUCGGCAAUGUCAUCCGCCGAUGCGCUGAAAAAAUGAGCCGAUAUCCCCGCUUGAGAGAAGAGACUGAACGCAUCAUCACGUGCCACGUACGAGAACGGGAAAACACGGCGAAGCAUCAGAUAUCUUGGCUGGUAGAAGUAGAAUUGGCCUACAUGAAUACGAAUCAUGAGGACUUCAUUGGGUUCACCAAAGAAGACCAUCACUCAGGUGCACAACAGACGGCUGAUAACUCCUCGGUAGGAAAACGGAAAUUGGGCAACCAGUCGGUUUUUGCCGUGAUCCGCAAGGGGUGGAUGUGUAUCCACAACCUGGGGAUCAUGAAGGGCGGCUCGCGAGACUACUGGUUUGUCCUGACGUCGGAAUCAAUCUCCUGGUAUAAAGACGAGGAGGAGAAAGACAAGAAAUAUAUGCUCCCUCUGGAUGGUCUCAAGAUUAAAGAUAUCGAAGGAGGCUUCAUGUCACGUAGGAACACAUUUGCCCUCUUCAACCCCGAUCAGAGGAAUGUAUACAAGGACUACAAGCAGCUGGAACUGUCGUGCGAAAGCCAGGAAGAGGUGGAUUCCUGGAAGGCGUCUUUCCUGCGUGCUGGAGUGUAUCCCGAGCGAGCAGCCAGCGCAGCAGGGGAUGGGGAGAGUUCCUCGGACAGUGGAUCGGACGCCGCUGCCUCUUCCAUGGACCCUCAGCUGGAGCGCCAAGUGGAGACCAUCCGUAACCUGGUGGACUCCUACAUGCGCAUUGUCACAAAGACAUUCCGAGACCUUGUGCCCAAGAUCAUCAUGCAUCUCACGAUUAAUGAUACAAAAGAUUUCAUCUACUCGGAGCUGCUCGCUUCUCUGUACGCAGCUGGAGAUCAGUCUCAGCUGAUGGAAGAGAGUGUGGAAGAGGCACGGAAGCGUGAUGAGCUGCUGCGGAUGUACCACGCCUGCAAGGAGGCAUUGCGGAUUAUUGGGGACGUGUCGAUGCAAACAGUCUACCAGCCCACUCCGCCUCCAGUGAAAGACGACUGGUUGAGGAUGUCGCAGACCCCGGACUCCCCACGGCCGGCCCCUCCCUCGCCGGGGGGGCCCCGGAGGAACGUGGGAUCCUCCCGGGCACCACCCCCGGUCCCAGCAGCAGCGAGGCCAGCCCCCACGGUUCCCUCGCGCCCCGACGGGGGAGUGCGUCCUCCCCCGACAGCCCCACCCAGGCCUACCAGUGCCGCUUUCCCGGCACCCCUUGUGCCUUCGCGACCUGUGCCCUCUGUUCCACCACGAAUCCCCGACAGGCCCCAGGUGUCCUCGGGUCAGUGGCCGUACUGAGCGGCGCCGCCCUGGUGGGAGUUUUGGCAGGGAAGGUGACGGCCACCACAUUGAGCAUUCCAAGGACCUCGUUGCACUGCCCGUGUGCCCUCGUCGCCCAGACUCGAGUUCCGCCGGAACGUGUUACGGACCAAACGACGGGCAAGGCAGGGGUGGCCCACUAGUCUCGGACAGAUGCAAUGCCUUGGUUCAUCCUCUCCACACAUGUAAUUUUGUAAUUAUCACCGAGAUUAUGAUGAUGACUGUUAUCAUUAAUAUGAAUGAUUUUGCUUUCCUGUUGUUUGUUCCUGGUAGGCGAAUAUUUUGUAAUAUCACCUUUCACGCGUUGUUAUACUGUUGAGUUACUCUGCCCCCUCCCCGGAGCUUGCUGGACGCACAUUAGCAUCAUUCGAGAGCGAGUGUCUCACAACGGAAGGCCGACGUCUUGCCGGUUUUGAUUGUUUUUGAUGUUUUGACUGUGAUGUGCGAGAUUGUGUAAAGGGACGUUCGUGCGAUGAACUCCGAAGCUAUUACAUUUUUGUCCUUUUCUUUUUUUUUAAAUGACAUUUAUUCGUGAGGUCCCUGGGCCGUUGUAGGGCUGUAAGUUAUACGUUAUACGUGGAUAUUCAUAAUUUGCUAGGAAACGUUUCGUGAAGCCUCUUCUCUGCACAAUGGCAGUUCGUCGUUUAACAGGUACGCAGCCGCUGGCACUCGAUGCUGUGAAAAAAGGCGUCGAGAGGGCGCUCGGGUCCUUUGCGGUUUAAAGGAUCGGUUUCGGUUUUAGGAUCGGUUUAAUUUAUUUCGGAGAGCGCCGUUAUUCUUCAGGGAGCAUAGGUUUCACGUUACCGAACGUGGAAAGCCCAUCGGUUGAGCCGUACUUUUGCACUGUCAUCGGUGGCUACGUCCAAAAGGGAGAGGGACGCGGAAGGGUACUGGAGUGAGAUGAGUGAAAACAGUGCAGACUUAUCCCGGAACGUGCGUCCAUUCUUCUGGUUUCUCUCUUGCCGUGGUUAUAGCACUCGAGAGGUCUCCCCCCAAGUAGGCAACGUGGGAGCUCUUUCUCCCCCCCCCGUGUAGUGGGCGUCUCAAGCCUUUGGACUUUGCUUGCCACCACUCUCUUUCAGCCAUUUGGGGGUGCAGAAUGUCAUUACUCGUAUAGACGCAGCUUUCUCUGUACCGCUAGGUGGCCAGCUUUGUCUGAUAUGCCAGAUCACUGUACAGAGCGGGAAAAAUAAAUAAAUAAGGACCUGUGUACCAUAAAGAGGCAGACUGAGAAAAAGAGAGAGAGAGUAUGCCUGUUAUCCAUAUGCAGGUGAUGUACAUUUAAAGAUAUAAAUUAAAGUUGCAGUAUUGAUGUUGAAA